AUGCACACUCGAGCGACGGCUCGAAUAGCCCCAAGACCACUUCAAUGUCUUCGAAAUAAUACCAGGACAAACCUUACACGGCUCUUUGCUUCAGCAGCAAUAACAACACGCUACGAGAAUCAGGAAGCAGUUCCUCCAGAGCUGAGCGAACCACCUCCCUCGAGACCAUGGCAAAGCACGGAUCCCCAGGCUGGAUCGAUCAAAGCUAUAUCAAAUAGUCCUUCAUCACGUUUCUACGUCCCCUCAGUCAUCCUCCCGGCCGAGGCCGCAAAAUCCGGACCUGUACAUAAAAUUCAUAUCCUAGGCGAAGAUGUACGGUCGAGGUUCAUUGCUCACGCCUUGUGCAGCGUUUACGACUCGGUUGAACUGUUGCAAUUCCGAGAUAUGCCCAAAUCAAGAUAUCAAAAUAUUGAACAAUUACAACGAGAAAGAACAAGGAAAUGUGCAUAUGCCGAGAAGAACGCCGCCAUGGUCCGAGAGGAGAAAGAUGGGGGACAUGAAGCCGUAAAGACGUCUGAUCAUUCGCACAUUGAUCAACUGAUUGUUACCGGCCGUGGUUUCGAGGCUGUCAAGGCGAUUGCCUCAGUCAAGGAUAGGAUUGACGACAAAACGUCAGUAUGUCUUUUGAACGACGGCAUGGGUGUUCUGGAGCAAGUCCGCGAACAUAUACUCGACGGAAUGCAACCUGAACCGAACUUUUAUUUGGGACAUAUGAACCAUGCCUUGGCUUUCAACCGAAACCGAGAUUCCGUUAAACAGUUAAGGGCUGGGCGAACAGUGCUUACCAGUGCCGAUCCGAGUCUGAACAUGUCCAAGGAAAUCCAUGCACCUCUCGAGCAACCUGCCUUUAUGCGGCCACUGAAACAGGCCAGAAUUCUCUCAACAAGCUUCAGUGCAUACGAAGAUUGGCUUCGGUUCAAACUACCGUCCAUGAUGUUUACAGCUGCCGUUGAGCCUGUGUGCGUGCUACUCGACUUGCCAUACUGGGGUCUGGCGGCCAACCGAUCAGCACAGAGAAUGAUGAAUCAGCUGCUGGCAGAGAUGGCUUUGGUGACAGAAAGCCUGCCUGAAGUUCAGGCUUCACCCGACCUUAUAUCAUUCCUCCGCGGCGAAGGACUCAAGAAGUUCUGCUACCGCCGAAUUACAGGCAAGGCCAGUGCCCCAAGUGAUCUUCUCAUGCGCAUCAACAAGGGUCUACAGACAGAUAUUAAUUACCAGAAUGGUUUCUUUUUGAAAAGAGCCAAUAUUAUUGGCAUCAAUACACCGACAAACCGGCUGAUGGUGCAAAUGGUCAAAGCAAAGCGUAUGGAGGUUAAACAGAAGAGGAAAGCGUGGAUACAAGUAGAAGAGACAUCAGCAGAGAACGUUAGAGAGAGGGCACAGCGGCAGCGCAUACCAAGGGGCGGAAUUAUAUAG